UUUUUUUUUAAAUGUUCAAAAAAACUCAUGAUUCACGCCAUUCCAUGACGACUCCACCUGCUUCACCUUCAUUACUUUAUUCUAGUGGUAGUGGACCUUCUCAUUAUAAUGAUUCCCGUAUGGAUAAAAGACAACUUGUCUCAAGUAUGUUAGCUGUUUCUCCACCUUUAUCACCUCUUCAUUCACUAUCUCAAACUCGCGAUCAGCCUAUAUCUUCAGAAACAGGGUCAGUGCCACCAUUAUCUCUUGGUACGACAAAUCAACAUACCGUUCUCUAUUCUGGUGAUAUGAUGAUUCAUUCUCCUCAAUCAAGAUUCAAUCGUCAAAAACGCUGUUAUUGUGUCCUCACUCCAACCAACUUGAUCAGGUUCAAAUCUUUUGACAAGGCACGAAAAGCUUAUCCAUCUUUGAAUGAAAAAAAUCUUCCUACAAGUAUUCCGCAGCAACAACAACAACAACAACAACAACAACAAUCAUCUGAUCAAAAAACAUUGGUUUCUUUGGAAUAUAUAUUUGCAGUAUAUAAGGUUCAAGCAUCCUCUGUACAAACCGCUAUUCGUAUAAACUAUGUGGAUUCUGAAGAUCUCUCUAAACAGCCUGGUGCUUUGACUUUGAUUCCUAUGGUUGGAAAUAAUGGAGACAACACACCCAUUUCUCUUAUUUCCAUCUGGAUACACGCAUUACGGACGGCCUUGGAACCUUAUUUACCUGGACUUGUUACUAUUGGUUCUGCUGAACAAUUUGCCGCUAUCGAACGUACCAAGAAACAAAAUGAUCAAACAAAUGCCAAUCAUCCUAUGAUGAUCCACAAAGUGAUACUCAAAACAACAAAGUCAGCUCCAAAACCAACAACGUCUUUAUCAACAUCCAAUGCAAUGAUCAGCCAUAUUGUACCGUCUUCAGCAGGAUCAUCAACACAUUCACCUUCUUUGGAACAAAAGGAUAUUUACCUUCCAGUUAUAUUUCUUUUGGGUCACAACAGCAUAUACAUUCUACCAUCCAAAUCUGACCAUGAUGAUUACCGACGAUACGUCUCUCGAGAUCGAUAUGGAUUAUUGGCUGUUCAGAAUAUAGUGAUACACGAUGGGGAUGACUCUUUGACAAUUGAUGUGUGUACAACACAUGGCCCGUCUCAUCGAUUGAAAUUGAUAUCAUCCGUUGGACGAUUACUCGUGUGCGCGAUACAAAAGGCUAUUCAACGACUUGUACCUCAUUUUCCAUCGGCUCCGUACUCUUUAGUAUGUCCUUCUUUAGCUCAGCGACAACGAUCAGCAUCAACAGGUUCCACUGCUUCCAACAGUCAUCCAUCAUCAUCUGAUACAGCUCCUACAUCUCAUUGGUUACAAUCACUCUCUCAACCUUGGCAACAACAAAAAAUUAUGUCAUCACAAAAACUCGCCACCUCAUCUACAAUCCUCACGUUCUUUGAUUCGGUAUUGAUGGCUUAUUGUGCAGCACUGAAUCUAGAUAAACGACGGUUUAGAUAUGUAUUGGAAAAAUCGCAACGUCAUCAACAACAACAAAAGCCUCGUUUAUUCAGUAUCCAAUUUUUUCCUUCAAAUGAAAUCAAUGGGAAUUUUUCAAGUUAUUCAAAAAUGGAAUUGAUUGCCCUCUUUCGUUCUCUUCGUCAUAUUGAUUAUUUUGAAACCAUCUCAUUCAAAGACAUUCGAUUGACACCUCUGGCAACUUGGCUUGUUACAAAAGAAGAUAGUUGGACACAACAUGACACCAACAAUGCUUGCUUUCCGACCAUGUUGGCGAAUGAACUCUUUUUGUUAUUAUCUCAUAACAAUCAACUUCGAUGUUUGGAUCUCAGCGAAUGUUUCAAUAAUGCAAUUGGACCGGUAUCCAACGAUAUAUCACCAUCAUCAUUAGGAUUAGUACGUCUUCCUUCAACGAUUUCUCUCACGCGCACCAACACUAUUAUGAGCAGUUCACCCGUCAUCAAUUCUUCAUCGCAACAACAAUAUCAACAGCAAGUAUCCAAAUUUAUAGCUUCUGAUUGUCAACAAUGUAGUGUUCAAGCUAUUUUACUGGCUAUGCAGACUAACAAAUAUCUUGGUCUAUCCUCUCUGAUACUUGAUGGUCACCCAUUUCAUGAGCAAGAUUCUGAUCUACUUGUCCAGAUAAUGGCGACACCACCAGCAACAUUGGAAACAGGCUUUUUACGACAUCUUUCCCUACGCAAAACUCGAUUGACUUCUGCUGCUAUGGAGGAUCUACUAUUGGCCAUCGUACAAGGUCCAUCCAGAGAGAUGAUUGAACGUGUGGAUUUACAAGAAAAUGAUGGUUUUAUCUCUUCUGAAGUGUUUGGUGAAAUAUGGCAUCAUUGCACAAGACUCUCUCAUUUUGGUGUGACCUGUCAUUUUCGAUCUGGUGAAAGUUUACGAAUGAUUCAGCAAUAUCCCAAGGUACUCAAUGAGCUAGAUCUUAGUGGAAGUCAAUUGGAUGAUCAACAUCUUUUGGAACUCUGUGGAUGGCUGACCCAUCAUGCAAAUACACUACGACCUCCAACGAAAACUCAAUUUGAUCUAUGCUUGGUAUUGACUAGAUGUGGACUUCAUGGUCAACACGUACAUCGACUUUUACAUGCUGUUUCCGUUCCUCAUCAUCGUCGAUUACAAUUUACAUUGAAACUUGGUGAUAAUCCUCUGACAACACAAGUAGUUUAUCAACCUUGGUUAUGGUCUUCUUUGGCUAAAUGUGGACCAUCUUCAUUGGUGUUACAGCGUGUCGGAUGGGAAUCCGUCUCUCUACGAGAACUCUUUGAAGCAUUGAUUCAGAACAAGGCAGUGGAACAUCUCGAUUUAUCCUAUGGUAUCGUAGACAAAUCAACUGGCAGCAAACUGGCUUUAUCUCUGGAAGAUAAAAUACCAAACAACAACAGCAAUAGCAAUAACACAACAAAUCCUGUAUCCUCCCAAAGAUUAUCAUCAUCAUCAGCAGCAACAGUUAAAGACAAAGGGGAUACCGAACAAUCCACCAACGUAUCAUCAGCACCUACUUUUGAUUCAUCAACAGUGCAGGCAUUGGCGAAUCUGCUUGGGAAAAUGACACGAUUGACGACCUUUUGUAUGGAUGGUGAUCAACGCGAAGAUAUUUAUUCAUCUGCACCUCAGAGUGGUGGCAAAGGAAAACCAAGAAUGAGCAAGAUGACAGAUGCUGGUCAUUUGUUAUCAUCCACUUUUCGAUACUUGUCUCUCGGUACCAUUGCUUUCAGUUCGACUCUUACCACUAUCUCAAUCAAAAAUCAUGGCCUUGGGGAUCCGACUAUUCAACUUUUAUGUCAAUGGGGAAAAUCAUGUCCUUCUUUACAAUCAUUGCAUGUGGAUGGCAAUUCGAUCACCAUUGCUGGAUUUCGAGCACUAUUAGGUUUGGCUCAACAUAACUCAUCAGUAUGUGAUAUACCACGACCUGAAUUGGAUUUCCGUAGGGAAAUACAUCGAUUGGAAUCUCAAGCUAGACAAUUACAAGAAAGUGAAGGGGAACUACAAUACUUGGUGAUUCAUAUGGUUGGUGUGGAUAGUCGUCGAGCACAUACCUUGAUUGAAGAUCAGGCUGCAGCAAGAGAAGCCAUCAUGAUUGAUCGAUCACAACUUCCUAUUGUGGCAGAUCAACUUGAUCAACAAGUCAAAACCAACGCAACACUUCAACAACGAAAUUCAAGACAUAUGACAUUGCAACCCUAUUGGCCGGCUAACAAUAAUCGAACUGUACCAACAACAAUAGAACGACCCAUGUCUACUUCCUCAAUAUCGUCAUCAACUUCAUCAUUAUCCAAUUCUCAUCAAGGUAUCCUUCCGGUAACAUCAUCCUCAUCAUUAUCAUCGACAACACCUACAAAUUUAUCUCAUCAAUCUUCUACAACAUCUUCUUCUUCGUCAUCAUCAUCAACACCAAUUACUAGAUCAUCACAACCAACUUCACCUACCAUUUCUCCAUCUAUGAUGCGUCCAUACUCCCCACGUGGUCGACUCUCUUCAUCAACAUCUUCUUAUUCCAUGAUUCGAUAUUCUGAACUAAUUGAUGAAGCAUUACCUCCUCCUACUUGUCCUUUACCACCCAUUCCAACAUCAUCUCCUUCCGUUUAGUUGUAUUAAUAGUUUAUCAUUAUGUGUAUUUUAUCUAGUCUAUUUUUUUUUAUUAUAUUUCCUUUAUGUAUUUUUUUUUGUAUGUUCUCAAUCACUAUUAUAUAAUAAAUUAAUCUUAUAUAAUAAAUUAGUCA